AUGUCGUUGCUGGUAGCAGAAAAACUAGAAAAGUUACCAAAGGCAAUAGAUGCUGGUGCUAGUUUUAUCUGGGCACAUAAUAACGACGGAAAUCUAGAGCAGACGAGUAGGCUAUUCGCAAGAAUGAUAGCCAAAGAAAUUGGUAUGGAAGAAGUAGCAAGAAAAGAAGACCUUGUUCAGCAUGACAUGGCCAGAUUCUAUGCUGAACCAGAUCCACACGAGGGCGAGACUGUUGCCAACGCCCCCGAAUGUAUUAUACUGUCUCUUGGGUGGAGAGAAAAGGUUAUGGGUAUAGCCCUUCAAGGGCUUUCGAGUCCGGUUGUGGUUAUUACCCUAACCACCGCAUGCUCCGAACGUUUCUCAUCCCGGUGGAUCAAGGGAGUUUUUAGGGGAUACCCCACUACCUGGUACCUCUCUUUAGUAGAGCGACUUGGUGUCGAACCGUUUGACCGUAUGGACACGGGCACUUUGUCCGCCAGAUUCUAUGCUGAACCAUAUCCACACGAGGGCGAGGCUGUUGCCAACGCCCCCGAAUGUAUUAUACUGUCUCUUGGGUGGAGAGACAAGGUUAUGGAUAUAGCUCUUCCAGGGCUUUCGAGUCCGGUCGUGGUUAUUACCCUAACCACCGCAUGCUCCGAACGUUUCUCAUCCCGGUGGAUCAAGGGAGUUUUUAGGGGAUACCCCACUACCUGGUACCUCUCUUUAGUAGAGCGACUUGGUGUCGAACCGUUUGACCGUAUGGACACGGGCACUUUGUCCGUGUUGGCGACGGCUCAAAUCUGCUACCAGUAG